ACACCACAUUUCUUCUCAUUAAACAAACAAAAACAAGUAGCUGCAAAAACUUUUUGAAAGUGAAAAAAAAAAAAACACAAAGAAGAACAAACAAUGUCUUCUUUACUUUGUUGUUCCACUGCAAUGUGUGUAGCAAUUUUUCUACUUCAGCUACGUUCCUUUGGAGUUUCACUUUCACACCCUUAUAGAAUCAUUCAUUUACCAGGUCAACCAAAUGUUGAGUUUAAUCACUUUUCAGGUUAUGUCAAUGUUGAUGACAAAAACAACAAGGCUUUGUUUUUCUACUUUGUUGAAGCUCAACAGGAUUCAGUUUCUAAACCUCUUGUUCUUUGGCUCAAUGGAGGACCUGGUUGUUCUUCUAUUGGUGUUGGUGCAUUUUCAGAAAAUGGACCUUUUAGGCCUAAGGGUGAGGGUUUGGUUAGGAAUCAAUUCAGCUGGAACACAGAGGCCAAUAUGUUGUAUUUGGAAUCACCAAUUGGAGUAGGGUUUUCUUAUUCAACUGAUACUUCAUCUUAUGGUGGUGUAAAUGACAAAAUUACAGCCAGGGAUAAUCUAAUCUUCUUGCAAAACUGGUUUGUACAGUUUCCACAAUACAGAAACAGAAGUUUGUUCAUUGUUGGAGAGAGCUAUGCUGGUCAUUAUGUUCCUCAACUGGCUGAGCUUAUGCUCCAAUUCAACAAAAAGGAGAAGCUGUUCAAUUUAAAAGGCAUUGCUCUUGGUAAUCCAGUUCUAGAAUUCUCAGCAGAUUUUAAUUCAAGAGCUGAGUUCUUCUGGUCACAUGGAUUAAUCUCAGACUUAACAUACAAAAUGUUCACUUCUGUUUGUAACUAUUCAAGAUAUGUGAGAGAAUACUAUAAUGGUGCUGUUUCUCCCGUUUGUUCAAGUGUCAUGAGCCAAGUUAGUACAGAAACAAGUAGAUUUGUUGACAAGUAUGAUGUGACUCUUGAUGUUUGUAUAUCUUCUGUGUUUUCACAAACCAAAAUCCUCAAUCCUAAGCAAGUGACUGAAACGAUUGAUGUAUGCGUGGAAGAUGAGACAGUCAAUUAUCUUAACAGGAAAGAUGUUCAAUCAGCAUUACAUGCACGGUUGGUUGGGGUACAAAGAUGGACUCCUUGCAGCAAUGUAUUGGAUUAUGAUUUGCAUGACUUGGAGAUUCCAACAAUCACCGUAGUAGGAAAGCUAGUCAAGGCUGGAAUUCCAGUAUUGGUCUACAGUGGUGAUCAAGAUUCAGUUAUUCCGUUGACUGGAAGUAGAACUUUAGUACAUCAAUUGGCUAAAGAAUUGAGAAUGAAUACCACUGUGCCAUACAGGGUGUGGUUUCAGAAGCAGCAGGUUGGUGGAUGGACUCAAGUUUAUGGUAACAUACUAUCAUUUGCAACAGUCAGAGGAGCAUCACAUGAAGCACCAUUUUCACAGCCUGAGAGAUCACUUGUGCUGUUCAAGUCCUUCUUAGAAGGAAGACCUCUACCAGAAGAAUUUUGAUAUUAGUGUUGUUUUGAGAGUCUUUGUAAAAUUGUUUGUAUUGUAGUUAUAAACCCUUGUUUAGAGGUUGAUUUGGAUUUUGUUUUAUUGUUAAAUCAAAUCUUGUCAUUUUCACGUGUAGAAAAUUUUGUAAAGUACUCAAACAAGAAGCAAGAAAAAAAUGUGUAUUUUCUUGUUACGGUACAUUUUUCGUUGUGCGGUAUUACUGUAGAUCAUGAAUCUCUACUAUAUUGAUAUUCAGGAGCUA